CUCUUCUCUGGGCUCACCACACUGCCCCUCACUGACUUCCAACCGGCAAAUUUUGGGAACUUCUAGGAAAAGGAAGACAAAAAGCAGUGCAAAAGAUGCCCGUGAUCAAUAUUGAAGAUCUGACAGAAAAGGACAAAUUGAAAAUGGAAGUUGACCAGCUCAAAAAAGAAGUGACACUGGAAAGAAUGCUGGUAUCCAAAUGUUGUGAAGAAGUAAGGGAUUACGUUGAAGAAAGAUCUGGGGAGGAUCCACUAGUAAAGGGUGUCCCUGAGGACAAAAAUCCUUUCAAAGAGCUCAAAGGAGGCUGCGUGAUUUCAUAA